AAACAAACCUCAUCUCUAGAUACCCUGGAUCCGGGGAACGUGUCAUGGACCCGUGACGAAAUGCGGUACAUGAAGGACACACCCGUGAUUUCCCCGGUUUCUUACCCAAGUCGGGUUGCCCCGUUGCCCGAGGACCGGGUGAAAGUGGGAGAGGAGGACAAGAGGGAUAGGAAUGAGGAGUUGGAGAGGGAGAGGAGGAGGAUUGAGGAGGACAGGCGGAGGGGGGUGUUAAGAUAUCGAAAAGAGGAGGAAGUGGAAGAGAAUUUGCCAUUUCCAAGGGUCAUUAAAGUGGAGAAUGCUGAUCAAAACAGUAAGAAGAAAGGCAAGAUGAUUUACGAUCUCAAGGAGGCUAUUCGGCUUGUCAAGACUAAUGCAAAGCGAAAUUUUGAUGAAACUUUUGAAGUACACGUGAAAAUGACUCCUGACUUGCGUCGAACUGAUCUGAAACUGAGUGGUUUUGUGCGCCUUCCACAUGGAUUUGGCAAGACAUAUCGGGUGGCUGUCUUUGCGGAAGGAGCUGCUGCAGAGGAGGCCCGAGAUGCUGGAGCUGAUAUUGUUGGCGGCCCCGAGCUUGUGGAGAAUAUCCGGACUGGUCAAGUCAAAGUAGAUUUUGACAAGUGUAUUUCUACUCCGUCUAUGAUGGAGCAUGUGAAAAAGUUAUCGAGAAAUCUUAAACAAUUAAUGCCAGACACCAAGAAAGGUACAUUAACCAAUGAUAUAUCUCGGUCUGUCAAAGAAGCAAAGGAGCAAAGUGUUCUUUUCAAGAAAGAUAAAACUGCAAUUGUUCAUGUCGGAUUGGGGAAGGUUAGUUUUUCAGAGGAUGCUUUAAGGGAAAAUGUUGGUGCUUUUGUAAACGCUCUCUUGCUUGCAAAACCUGCUGGUUUGAAAAAGAGUUCCAAGUAUGCUGGGUAUGUGGACUCCUUUCAUGUUUGCAGCACGAUGGGGCCGUCAUUCCCUAUUUCAGUACAAUCGUUGUCAAUGGCUGCAGACCGCUACAACAGAUUGCAGCUGCGAUAACAAUCUGAAUCGACAUAGAUCCAAUUUAACUGAAUCUUUUGUUGUACCUAAUGCUGCUCUAUUAUUCUCUUUGAACUGCAAGGAUGGCCAUAACAGUCUUAUAUGCAUAAAACUAGAUAAAUGCCUGUUGUCAUGAAAGGAAGGCAGUUUUCUGAGUGCUGAUUAUGAAGAAGUUCACCACUCCAA